UUCCUCAGUUCUCUCUCUCCUCUUUGUCUGUCUGUCUUUCUCCUUCUCACUCUCCAUCUCUGUUUCUGUGAGGCGUGCACUUGUUCCCUGAACAUCAGCUUGAUCAGCACACUGGCUGCUAGCUUGAAGUUAUUUACAGAGUUCUAGAAGCAGGCGGGAACCCAUUGGACCUGAUAGCCUCUCUUGCUCUCCUCAUCCCUCCAUCUGCGACCAACUUUCUACCUCAUUUGUCUGUGUGUGAGCUGUCAUGGACUCUGUGGGACUCUCUCUCUCUCUAAUACUUCUGGUUUUGCAAUGGACACACAUCCAGGCUGUUGAGACUUACUGGGCCUACAGAGGUUCUGCUGGUCAGUCUAAGUGGCCAGAGUAUUUUCCUGAUUGUGGCGGAUCAACCCAGUCUCCUGUUGAUGUGGAAACGACCCAGAGCCAGUAUGUCCCCAGUCUGGGUCCAGUGAUCCCAUUAGGAUACAGCCAAUCAGGCAACGUGCCCUUCAGUCUGUCCAACAACGGACACACAGUGAUGGUCCCUCUCCCCCCCUGGAUGGGUCUGGGCGGGCUGCCCGCUCUCUACACGGCCGUGCAGCUGCACCUGCACUGGGGCAACGGGGCUGCAGGGGCUUCAGGGGCUGCAGGGAGCGAACACACGCUCAACGGACAGAGGACGGCCGCGGAGCUGCAUGUGGUGCACUUCAACUCGGAGCUGUACCCCAACAUGACGGAAGCUAUGACUCAGAGGGAUGGUCUGGCAGUGCUGGGGGUGCUUAUAGAGACCGGUGAGGAGACCAAUCAGGGGUUUGGGAACAUCCUUAACUACCUGGGCCGUGUCAGAUAUGCAGGCCAGAGGGUUUCCAUCCCAGCCUUCGACGUGCAGUCGCUCCUCCCCACAGACCUGGGCCGCUACUUCCGCUACAACGGCUCCCUGACCACACCCCCCUGCUUCGAGAGCGUGCUCUGGACUGUCUUCGCUGAGACGGUGAAAAUCUCAGAGGCCCAGCUUCUGAAGCUGGAGACUGUGCUAUACUCCAGCAAGCCGGGCGACUCAGACCGUCUGAUCUUAGAGGACAACUACCGGACAAUCCAACCACUCAACUUGAGGACUGUGCUCUCCUCCUUCCCAACAGAAUCAGCAAAGGUGUAUGCUGCUGGUGAAGUCUCAGCUAUAGUAAUAGGAGCUCUGUGUGGCUGUGUUGGUCUGGCUGUCAUCAUCCGCUUCAUCGUGAAGACCAUACGAUUUUUCAAACAUCUCCACAAUGAGAGAAUCGUGGUAAACAGAUCCACUUCUAGCUGGGACGUCCUACCCAGCAUACGGCCUGCGCCAAUGCCAAGGACCAAGGAGCCGGAAAAGGAGCAGAAACAAGACGUGGCCCUCAGUACGACCUCUGACCUGGGGAAGAGGGAGGAGCCAGCCUCACCUGGUCAGGCACAGGCCUGACCAAUCAGCCGGCUCCAUGAACGUGCAUCCCGCCCUCCCUCACAGCCAUGAAUCUCCAAGACCGUGGCAAGAUGAAAAGUCUCUCAGCUCUCUAUUCUCUCUCCGUCUGUGUGUUGCUAAGUAACCCAGCACAGCCUGCCAACGACUCCCCCUGCCAGCCUUCAAAAUACAAUAACGCACAUAACAUCUUCAUCAAGCGACACCUGCGCCCAGGAAUCCCGUCUACCUUGAACAAGACCGUCUGGGAGAAGUACCUGCGUGACCAUGGCGACUGCUCGCGGCCCACGCAGUCCUUCCUUCCCGUGGAGGGCCAGGAGAAGGUGAACGCUGUGUGCAGCAGCGCCGGGGGGAAGCGCUUCAGACAGAACUUGUGCAUCAGCACCAGCCGCUUCAACUUCGUGACAGUCAGGAGCGAGGAAAACACAUGCCAUGUCAAUAGUGUAAAAAACGAAACCAAGUACCUCAUCUUGGCCUGCGAUGUCCUGGAGAACCGCUGUCUCCCCGUGCACUUUGAGGGGAACCCCAAGAGUCUGUCACCAGAUAACAACGCUGCAGCCUGCGGGAGAGCCGCGAGCCACACCAUGACCAGCCUGCAGCUGCUGUCUGUGCUGGCUGUUAGCUUCAUGAUUUUUGACAAGUAGCUUCUCUCUCUAGGAGUUUCAAGCUUUCCUGGAAAUCUGGUGGUGUAUUGUGUGUGUGUGUGCAUUAUAAACUUCUUGUAUUGAACACACAAGUCUUACGCUCUGAAUUAUCUGCCUGUCCAUGUGGCCUUGGGAUCACGAUGUAUAAUUGUUUGUGUUUUUUUUUUCAAUAUCUCCAUUCUCUCCCGCCCGCUUUACUCAACGCCCUUCUGUGUUUUCCUUUGUGAAACACACUGACCCAGUCCUGAGAAGGAACAUGAUAAAACACUAAAACAAACACACCUAAUCAGUGAAACAUUAAUCAGUGAAACAUUAAUCAGUGAAGUUCCCCACCAUGUGUAGCUUUCCAACACAGCUGCAACUGCAAUAUGAGUCUUGCUUGUUUUGCAAAAGUUUUUUGGUUCUUAGAGGACCUCUAAGUCUUCUGGCCCAAAAUGGACAAAGAUCGGCCUCCAGAAAGGAUGUUUAUGCAAAACACUAGUAAAUCCUGAAACCUGCCCUGUAGCUGAAAAUGUUUCUCAAACGUUGUGACCCUGAGCAUAGCUCUGAACACACAGACAUAAAAAGAGUUGUGUGUUUCUCAAAAGUGUGUGAAGUUGUGUGGCAAUGAUUGUGUGACUUCUGUAUCCUUGUGGUGCGUGUCCCUGUGUGAACAC